AUGCACUCACCAUCAUCAUCUCCUUCUCCCCCCGCCACUGCUGCUGCUGCUGCUGCUGCUGCUGCUGCUGCUGUUGCUGCUGCUGCUGCUGCUGCUGCAGAGGAUCCGUUGCCCCCCACGAUGCCGCGGGAGAGUAGGCAGCAAAUGGAGGGCCGUUGUCUUUUGUUUUUAGAGAGACUGAGAGAGCUAGCAGCAGCAGCAGCAGCAGCAGCAGCAGAUGCUGCUGCUGCUACUGCUGCUGCUGCUGCUGCUGGUGCUGCUGCUGGAGAUAACCACGGAUACCCUAUCUGCCCCCGCUGCAGCAAACCCUACACCCCCCGCAGCAGCAGCAGCAGCAGCAGCAACAGCACCAACAGCAGCAGCAAAACCCCCACAACCGCCACCGCCACCACCAACACCACCAACACCACCCCCCCCACCCCCACCACCAUCAACAGCAGCAACAGCAGCAACAGCAGCAGCAGCAGCAGCAGCAGCAGCAGCAGCAGCAGCAGCAGGAGAAUAGAGCUGUUGGUGGUGAGAGCUGCUCGUGUGUCUUCUUUGUCUGUCUUUCCUUUGUCUCCUUUGUCUCCUUCUAUCCAGCCCGUAAGCAAGCAACCAGCAGCAGCAGCAGCAGCAGCAGCAGCAGCAGCAGCAGGGGGAGCAGCAGCAGGGGGAGCAGCAGCAGGGGGAGCAGCAGCAGCAGCAGCAGCAGCAGCAGCAGACAGGUGGCGUGUGUCUUCGCUUUCUUGUCUUUUGGGGCUGCAUGCAACGCAGCAGCUAACUGUGCUGCUGUAUCCCCCUGAAGUCCCGCAGCAGCAGCAGCAGCAGCAGCAGCAGCAGCAGCAGCAGCUGCAGCAGCAGCAGUAUGCAGCAGCAGCAAAAAGAAUUCGCGCCUGGAUACAGCAGCAGCAGCAGCAACCGCAGCAGCAGCAGCAGCAGCAGCAGCAGCAGAAAGAACUGCUGCUGCUGAAACAGUGGGUUUUGUGUGUUGUGUAUACAGCAGCAGAAGAAGAAAUAAAAAUGAUUAGGGAGGUUUUGCUGCCGGCAGAGGCGGGGGGAGAAGGGUUUUUGUGGUUAGAUAUAGAAACCCUAGAUUAG